AUGGUUUCGCCGGCUGGUGCUAGCCUUCUCCCGCGCCGGGGAGGAAGUCUCAGUUUCCUUCUCCUGCUGUUGCUCUGCCGCGGCGGUGGGUGCCUGUCGCGCCGCCAGCCCGUGGGGCCGCCCGUGGUCUUGGUUCCUGGGGAUCUGGGUAAUCAGUUGGAAGCAAAGUUAGAUAAGCCAUCAGUAGUGCAUUAUCUCUGCUCUAAGAAGACAGACAGUUAUUUUACACUGUGGCUGAAUUUGGAAUUGCUUCUGCCUGUCAUUAUUGACUGCUGGAUUGAUAAUAUCAGGCUGGUCUAUAAUAGAACAAGUAAGAUUACAGAGCCACCAGAUGGAGUGGAUAUUAGAGUCCCAGGUUUUGGGCAGACUUUUUCCUUGGAGUUCCUUGACCCAAGUAAAAGGAGUGUUGGCAGUUACUUUUACAUGCUGGUGCAGAGCUUAGUAGACUGGGGCUACAAACGUGAUGAAGAUGUAAGAGGAGCACCUUAUGACUGGCGAAAGGCACCAAAUGAGAAUGAAGACUAUUUUGUGGCUCUUCGCAAGAUGAUUGAGUUGAUGUAUGAGCAGUAUGGAAGUCCUGUUGUCUUGAUUGCCCACAGCAUGGGUAAUAUGUACACCCUCUACUUCCUCAACCAUCAGACUCAGGAUUGGAAAGACAAGUACAUAAAGGAUUACGUGUCAUUAGGUGCCCCAUGGGGAGGUGUGGCUAAAACUCUCCGUGUGCUGGCUUCAGGUGAUAACAAUAGAAUACCUGUUAUCAGCUCCCUCAAGAUCAGAGACCAGCAGAGAUCAGCAGUUUCCACAAACUGGAUGCUCCCCUACAACUACACAUGGCCUCCAGAUAAGGUCUUUGUAAGCACACCUACAGCUAACUACACUCUUCGGGAUUACCAAAAAUUCUACAGGGACAUCAAUUUUGAAGAUGGCUGGCUCAUGAGACAGGACACUGAACCCCUGGUCUACCAGAUGACACCGCCUGGUGUGCGUAUACACUGUCUGUAUGGCACUGGCGUGGAAACACCUGACUCCUUCCACUAUGAAAGCUUUCCUGACAGAGAGCCCAAGAUUCUUUACAGCGAUGGGGAUGGAACAGUAAACUUACAGAGUGCCUUGCAGUGUCAGAAGUGGAUGGACAGGCAAAAACAGCAAGUGGUGAUGUUUGAGCUUUCAGGAAAUGAGCACAUUCAAAUGCUGUCCAAUGAUACUACUAUCUCUUACGUGAAAAAGCUGCUUUUUGGUUUGUAA